CUCCACGACCAGAUAGCUUUGUAGCUAAAUGAUACGGAACCCGAAAACCCACACGAACAACGCAUUUAAUUUAAUUUGUUAGUAUUUAUUGAUACAUCAAACGACAUCAAUAAUCAACGUUUGUUUACGGAUAACACGCGUGGUAACGUACCUCUAUCGAGGAUAAAGUAGCUUUAAAUUGGUAUUUUUAACUGCACCAGGUGUAUGUGAGGACAAAGGCCUACACAUUGCUCGCUGCUUCCAAAGCAUGUAUCCCUCUUGGGGUAGUAACUAUGGUGGUGGUGGCGGCCAUCAACCACCUUCGCAGCAACACUUCGGUGCGCCGAGGGGUCAGUCUCCUCAAGGCGAAGGCUUCGGGGGAGGAUUCGGGGGCUAUGGAGCUGCUCCACCCGCAGCUGCACCCGGGUCAACGUUCAACAGCCUGCGGGAGCAGCAUCUCCAGCAGAUGCAGCAGCUACAACAGCUCCACCAAAAACAGCUCCAAUCUGUGCUGCACCACGACAGGAACGUAAAUGAAAAGCCCUAUGGCGGCAGCGGUGGUCCUACGGCCGAGUCGUGGCAAGGAAACUCGGGAUAUGGGUAUGGUUCAACGGGGACCGGUGCCCCUUCCUCAUACCAAGAAGAGUAUCAGUCCAUGCAAGGCCCUUCCCCUUAUCAAGAUGAGUAUCAGUCCAUGGAAACCGGGGCGCCAAGCCCACAACUUCAGCCACCGCAGCCCAAAGAGACCCAGCUUCCCCCACCAGAGGAGAACCCACCCCCAUCAGAGGCGAACCCACAGGUACCCACUCAGAACAAUGGUACACCAGCGACUAAAGAGGACCAGCAGCAGUAUUGGUACAAGCAGCAUCUCCAGAACUUGCAGAGGCUGAAAGCAGAGAAGGCCAAACAGGGCCAGGGUGAUGGCCCAGCACCCCCACCUCCCAAACCCCAGCCCCACUCGGCAGCAGCCGCCCCUCCCCCUCCAUCGGAUCCACCCAAGAACGCCCCUCCACCACCACCUCCAAAAGAGGAGCCCCCACCACCACCUCCACCUGAUGAUGAAAAGACUGCCCCCACGACCCAGGACCCAGUAGAGGUGGCCCGCCUGCAGCAGCUUCAGAGUGCAGCGGCCCAGUGGCAGCAGGCCCAGCAGCAGAGAGCAGGCUACCAGUACCAAGCCCUGAUGCAGCACCAUGCUCAACUACAGGCCAUCCUCAACCAGUACCAGCAGUGUAUCCAACAACCUGCACAGCUCGAGACAAUGUCUAUGGCCAUGCAGCUGAGUCACUAUGAGACGCAGCAGAAGCAGUUUGGCCCGGUGUUUGAAGACUGGGGCCGUACCUUCAGCCAGUGGCAAGAGCAGUUCCAGUCCUACCCACAUAAAGACCAGCUACAGGACUACGAGUUACAGUGGAGACAGUGGCAGGAACAGAUGAACUCCACCUCGGCACACCUACAGGAGAGGGUGACCACCCUGCGAGCCAUGCAGCAGCAGUACGGAGGCAGUGGGCAGUACAGUAGUAGUGACCGGUAUGGUACUGGAGGGUAUGGGGACCAGUACAGCCAAUAUGGUCAGUACCCACACUCUGGACCGGACUCGCAGAUUCAACAAGGCCCCAUGGUGAGCCCGUCUAUGCCGUCCCAGCCAGGUAGCCAGCCCUCGUCCACCUCCGGACCCAUGUCCCAGGGCCCUCCACCAGGGCAGCAUGGCCCCUCCAACGCCCAACGUGUGGGAACCUCCACAGGAGAACCGCAGCACGGCCUCUCCAAUGCCCAACGCGUGGGAACCUCCACAGGAGAACCACAGCAUGGCCUCUCCAAUGCCCAACGUGUGGGAACCCCCACAGGAGAACCGCAGCAUGGCCUCUCCAAUGCCCAACGUGUGGGAACCCUCACAGGAGAACCGCAGCACGGCCUCUCCAAUGCCCAACGUGUGGGAACCCCCACAGGAGAACCGCAGCACGGCCCUCCACCGGGGCACCAGGGCCCUCCACCAGGGCACCAGGGUCCUCCACCAGGGCACCAGGGUCCUCCACCAGGGCACCAGGGUCCUCCACCCGGGCACCAGGGCCCUCCACCAGGGCACCAGGGCCCUCCAUCCGGGCACCAGGGCCCUCCACCGGGGCACCAGGGCCCUCCACCGGGGCACCAGGGCCCUCCACCGGGGCACCAGGGCCCUCCACCCGGGCACCAGGGCCCUCCACCCGGGCACCAGGGUCCUCCACCAGGGCACCAGGGUCCUCCACCAGGGCACCAGGGCCCUCAGUCAGAGCAGUACAGCCUGUCUGGACCCCCUGGUAGAGGGGCAGGCCCAGGAGGGAGAGGGUUGGCCAGACCACCAGGUCCACAAGGAGGACAGCCUCCGUCCUACCAAGGCCCCAGAGGACCAAGGUUUGACGGUCCGAGAGGGAACGGCCCGCGGUUUGACCAGCAGCAGUCCGGUCAACAGCAGAGGUUCAACGCUCCACCGGGUCCCAGGUUCAACCAGCAGCACCCAAGGUUUGAUCAGCUUGGCCCCAGAGGACCAGGGCCUCGGUUCGGACAGCAGGGGCCCCACUUCGACCACCCCCCGAGACAGAGCCCCCCAGCCCGCUUUGACAGGCCCCCUGGUCCCUCAGCACCUUAUAUAGGCCCACUGCCUAAACCAGACACGGGCAAAGACACCAAACUACCUCAAGGUAAGACUGAGAUGCCAGCAGGCUCCAAGCCUCCUGGUAUUAAACCUACUGGGCCAGCUAAACCAGUAGCAGUCAGUACAACUAAGCAAGGUGAAUUGGCAGAACCAGGGGAUAUGUCAGAGGACAUGUUGGAGUCCCUUGGGAGCUUCUUCGUCCAAAACGACCCCAUCCCUCAGACGAAAGCAGAGGCUGCUGCUGCUGCUAGUAAGGACUCCAAAAAGGAAGAGGUGACCCUCCCUGCUGCUGCCGGUGCCAAGCACCCCCCUUCUGUAACCCCGGAAACUGCUUCCCCUGCCAAGAACGCUCUCAAACCAGGUGGACCGGCCGGGCCGUUGAAGACCAACGUCAGUAACAACAACGGGCCUCAUGGACCGCAUGGGCCUAAGCCUCACGGACCGGAGCCGUCGAAGACCGACACAAUGACCAACCAACCCCCUGGUCUUCUGGGGCUCAUGGGCCGUGGUAGAGGGGGACGUGGCCAGCCUCUAGGGCCUGUGAGAGGGGAGGAGGACGGAGGUAGAGGACGAGGGGAGGCGGACGGAGGGAUGAGGGGAGGGAGAGGACGAGGAGAGGCGGACGGAGGCAUGAGGGGAGGGAGAGGACGAGGAGAGGCGGACGGAGGGAUGAGGGGAGGGAGAGGACGAGGAGAGGCGGAUGGAGGGAUGAGGGGAGGGAGAGGACGAGGAGAGGCAGGUGGAGGGAUGCGAGGGCGAGGUGAUCCAUGGGGACGUGGAGGGAAACAGUCGGGUAUCCCAGACUUCAGUCCCAACACUAUCGCUCUGGGAGGUGGGAGGACGGACGACGACAUGGAGGGGGUUCCUUAUGACUACAGACCUCCACAUGAAGAGAUGAGAUCACAACAUGGAGGACCAGGGGAGGACUGGCAGCAGGACCCUUCACUGGAGAAACCUGGAGGUCCUCCUCUGCCUGAAGAGGAGAUGUGGGUCCCUGAAGAGCACUACUAUCCUCCAGAGGACUACUACGAAGAACCAGGGAGAGGAGGUCCCCCUAUGGGGAGAGGAGGUCCCCCUAUGGGGAGAGGAGGUCCCCCUAUGGGGAGAGGAGAGCCUCUAGAUGGGCACCACUGGGAGGAAGCAGACCCCCCACCUCCAGAGUACUGGGGAGAGGAAGGAGAUCCCUACUGGAUGGACCGGAGGCCGCCUCCUCAUGGCAUGCGAGGAGGCCCCCGAGCCCUGUUCCCCCCUGGGCGUGGUCGCCCCCCACGAGGCAGGCCCGGCUUCAUGCACCAGGGUGGUCCCAGACGCCCCCUUCCUCCUCCUCACGGAGCCAUGGACCCCCAUGAACCUCUCGGAUCCCCUAUGGGGCCUGACGAUGACAUGGACCCUCUGGGACCCCCGCUGCAUCGGGACUACAACCCCAGAGGGCCCAUACACCGCGAUAUGAUGGAGCGAGACAUGAGGGGACGGCCUCCUCCACCAAGAGAGAUGAUGGACAGAGAUCUGAUGGGGCCUGGUGGUCAUCCUCCAUAUCACGACAUGGAGAUGGACCCUGGCUGGCCCCCGGGCCCCGGACGACCCCCCCACCUCGGCAGAGACGGACCGAGAGGUCCCCCUCCGCCUCCCCAUGAGAUGAUGGAGCGGGGAGGGAUGAGGGGGCGUCCUUUGGGACCUCGGAGCGCCCCAAUGGGCCGGGGCGUGAUGCGGCACCCACCUCGCUCACUCGAGGACUUGGAGGGCUACCCCCAUGAGGGGUACGGGGAGGGUUUUGGUGGUCCCGGUGAUGACGGGUAUGGAAGAACGCUGCCGCCACGUGACUGGCCGGACCACCCCCCACAUGAGUACGACUGUGAGGAGGAGUAUUAUCCCCCGGAGCCUCGUGUUGGGGUGUGGGACAGGGAGAGGGGACCACUACCGGAGAGGGACUAUUCUCCCUACCCUUCCCGCGGUCCUCCACCUCCCCCAGACCGUUUCAGAGACGACGAAUGGGCCGAUAAGAGAGACCGAGACCAUCCUCCAUACCCCUACGAGGGAGACAGAGAACGUCCUCCAUACCCCUACGAGGGAGAAGAGCGUGGAAGAGGAGGAGAGCUUCGAAGUCGAGACUUCCCGGACGACCCUUCGUACAGGCACGAUGAACGCCCCUACCCACCCCCUGCGGAAUGGGAGAGACCCAGACCACCCCUUCUGGAGAGAAACUACCCCCCAGAUUUUGAGGACCAUAGGCCCCAUUACGACGGGCGACCCGAGCCCUCUAGAUCAGAUCAAGGUAUCCCUCCAUCCACCCCUUCUCAGGCCCCUGCUCCUCCCAGUACUGGACCAGACAGUUCUCAGGAACCAGCCUCACAGGGAACUGGACCGGGCAUACUGGCUCUGUCACAACGACAACAUGAGAUCAUCCUGAAAGCUGCCCAGGAGCUGAAGCUUAUCAGGUCUGUUUCUCUGGUACUGAACAGAGAAAUGCAGGAGAAUAAGACUGAGGGAGAGGCCCUACCCAUCACGUCUGACCCCAAGACGGAGCUCCCUGCUGGGCUACUGGGGCUGGAGAUCCCCCCUGAGGUCCGGAGUGCCCUCCAGGCAACCAACCUGAUGUCCAGCUUGGCUCCUACUAAAUUGGUGACAUGGGGAGACACCAAGCCCCCAGAUACUGGUUACGUGUCCACGGCUCCUCCAGUCACCCCCAAGACUGUCGACUAUGGACAUGGACAUGACCUUGGUGCUGCCACGGUGGAGCGGAUCUCUUACGGUGAAAGGAUUGUGUUGAGACCCGAUCCCUUACUUGACAGAGAGAGAGAGAGGAGCUAUGAAAAAGAACAACUGGGCCCCCUGAGAGACCCCUACCACAGAGACCUGUACUACGACAGACGACCGGUGGACCCCUACAUGGAGCGUAGGGAGUACAGCAGGGAGAGGGAGAUGUACAGAGAAAAAGCUCCCAUGGACUUUGAAAGAGAACCAUACGAGAGGGACCGCUAUCCGCCUCGAGAUGAGAGACCACCCCCCGGCCAUCCUCCACCUCGCCCGGGCUUCAGGGAGAGGGACAUGAGGGAGGGCAGCCGGACCAGUAGAGAUGGAGAGGAACCUUAUGGAAGGCCUGGGGGUUAUGACAGACCUCCGUACGAGCGUGGGCCAGAGCGUGGGCCUGAGCGUGGGCCUGAGCGCUUCGAUCAGGGUGCUUCACCAUACGGUGAACGGAGGAGUUACCCAGAAGAGAGAGGAGGCGGCCCCACGUCGUCCCACCCUCCUCCCCCACCGGCUGCUCCUCCUUCCAGGAUCGAGAAGAAACCGGAGACCAAGAACGUGGAGGAUCUUCUCAAACUACCAGGCCGAGACACUCGUCCAGAAAGGAUUGUCAUCAUAAUGAGAGGCCUACCAGGAAGUGGUAAAAGUCAUGUAGCCAAGCUGAUACGGGACAAGGAGGUGGAGUGUGGAGGGGCUCCACCCAGAGUGCUGGGGUUAGACGACUACUUCAUGACGGAGGUGGAGAAGAUGGAGAAGGACCAAGAUACAGGGAAACGAGUCAAACUUAAGUGUCUGGAAUACGAGUACGAAGCGGAGAUGGAAGACACGUACAGGAACAGCAUGCUAAAAACAUUCAGGAAGACCCUAGACGACGGCUUCUUCCCCUUCAUCAUCAUCGACGCUAUCAAUGACAGGGUUAAAUACUUUGAUCAGUUCUGGAGUGCUGCCAAGACUAAAGGCUUCGAGGUGUACUUGGCUGAAAUCUCGGCAGACUAUCAGACUUGCGCUAAAAGAAACGCCCACGGCCGGAAGAUGAGGGAUAUUCAAAAGAUGUCCAGUAACUGGGAGUCGUCACCACGUCACAUGAUGCGGUUGGAUGUCCGUUCCCUGCUUCAGGACGCUGCUAUUGAGGAGGUUGAGAUGGAAGACUUCAACCCUGAUGAUGAGUCGCUGAAGAAGCCCAAGAAGAAUAAGGAGGAGGAGGAAGAAGACGUUAAGGGUUACAUUCCACAAAGCAAAUGGGAGAUGGACACUUCUGAUGCGAAACUGGACAAGCUGGACGGCCUGGUGACGGGGGGGAAGAGGAAGAGGGAGGAAGACGACUUUCAGCUCACGGACGACUACGCCACGCGCCACUCUGAGCCUGGCAAGAAGAGGGUUCGCUGGGCCGACCUCGAAGAGCAGAAGGAUGCAGAGCGCAAGCGCGAUAUCGGCUUUGUGGUGGGUCAAACAGACUGGGAGAAAAUCACAGACCAGAGCGGACAGAUAGCUCAGAGAGCUCUCAACCGCACUAAGUAUUUCUAGAAACAGAAGGUCAUUGCCCUCACCCCCUGCUUCCUGAUUUAUAGGUCUGCAGACUGAAUAUCAGGGCUACACACUCUACAGGCCGACGUUUAGGAAAUCUGUAGCUGUUUAUUUCAUUAUUAGAAUACUAGGAUAUAGCUUUCUGUUGCGUUAGACAUUCUUGAUGUUCAUUUAGAAUGAUGUGUAGUUUUUAUUUUUCUUUCAUCCUAUGCUUUUCGAUUGGUAAGUUGUUUUUCGCACCAGUGUGCUUCUCAUUUUAUACUGUACAAGCUGUAACGUCUACGUGUAUGUUAGCACUGUUGCUUAUUUUAAGAAAUAAACUAAAGAAAACAAUAAUAAAAGGUUUCACACACACAAAAAACAAGCAGGAGAGUCUCGUGUGAGUGGUCAUAUGGGCUACGUCAUGAAGAGUCUUCUGUGAUGUCUGUCUUCAUGUGAACCACGUUCAGUAGAACCUCAAAGAUACAAAAAUUUUAUGGUGAUAUUUUUUUUUUGUCUCCUUUUUUUUUUCAAAGUUACGAACAUUUCAGUAAAUUUCAAAAAAAAACAACCUCCAUUUCCCGCUGUGUUCGUAUCUCUAAGGUCCUACUGUGUUACAGGAAGUUAGCAUAGGUUAGAGUGGCGAAACAGGAACAGGAAGGUUCUUGGUUCAAGCCCCUGAGCCUAGCGAGGAAGUGGAAACUGGACUGCCGGUGUCUGAGUCACUGGCUGCCAUUGUGCCCAUGAGCAAGGAACUCUCAAACUGCUGCACGGAGUCUGCACUGUGUCUUACCCUUUGCCUCAGUGCAUGUGUGUGUCGGGGGGACGCAAAAUGAAAUGGGUUUUCAGUACUCAAUCAAACCACAUUAUAUCACUGUCUUUAAUUUGAUUUUAAUUCAAAAAAAAAUAUGUUACCUCAUUGCAUUUCACAUAAUUUAAUCUCCUAAACUUUAAGAAAGUUCACACUCAUUGUUUCUUGCAACAAAUAAAAUACUGAAUUGAAGGUCCAGUAUAUACUUUGUGCCAUUACAUGAUCUUACAAAUAAAUAAACAAUCCCAUGACAGUCACGCAGAAUCACCUUGCUUGUGAAACACAACCAAAAAUCUAAAAGUUUCUGAUAAUGGUCAAUUCUACACUAUCAACUUGCUAACUGAAGCAAACAACGUGUUCCUAAUAUUGAAUGAAGAUGUCCUAAUUAGGUAUCGAAAACCAUCAAUGGUCACCUCUCUUUUUUUUUUACAGUAGGCUCGUCAGCAAUAUUCAAGCAUUACCGGGCCCUAACUCCACUAAGGGCCUUUCUCCUCCUUCUGUACUCUUGUCACAUGACUUUUAUUCCUAUUGCUAAUUGGACUGAAAUAAAUUCUGACUAUACAGAUAUAAUCCAGACUGUCUUGUUUCUGACCUGUCAAUCUGAGAUUAUCAUGCCGUGGUUAUAUGAUCCUGUUGAGUGAAUAUUGUCAAUUAUGACAAUCUGAGAGGAAUACACUGUAUCCUGUAGUUGUGGAUAGUUGUUGAAUGGCAUACUGUACCAAAUGUUCUGUACUGUAGCUCAAAGCCUGCGCCCCAAACGACUCCCUAUUCCCAUUUAUAGUGCACUACUUUUGGACCAGAGCCCAUAGGGGCUGUCUCUGCGCUGCCACCUGUUUCACUGUAUAGAAGAACAUACUUCCCUUUUUAAAUUUAAACAACUGGUCUAUACUCUUAGUGCCCCGAAAAAACUGUUUUAGCAUGGGCAGCGUCCAUUGAGGACUAUCACCAUUUUGAAGUAGUCAAAUUGGGUGGGACCUUCCUUAUGGGUUAAGGAAGGUUCACACAAUUGUUUCCUGGUCAUCACGAGGGAUCAGACAAAUAAUUGUACUUGUGAGGAAAUGUUCCAUAACUCAGUGGCAAUAUGUCACCAACCUCGUCUCUAUACCUGUACAAACACACUCCAGGUGACAGUACGUCACCAACCUCGUCUCUAUACCUGUACAAACACACUCCACGUGACAGUACGUCACCAACCCCGUCUCUAUACCUGUACAACACACUCCAGGUGACAGUACGUCACCAACCUCAUCUCUAUACCUGUACAACACACUCCAGGUGACAGUACGUCACCAACCUCGUCUCUAUACCUGUACAAACACACUCCAGGUGACAGUACGUCACCAACCUCAUCUCUAUACCUUUUCAAACACACUCCAGGUGACAGUACGUCACCAACCUCGUCUCUAUACCUGUACAAACACACUCCAGGUGACAGUACGUCACCAACCUCAUCUCUAUACCUGUACAACACACUCCAGGUGACAGUACGUCACCAACCUCAUCUCUAUACCUGUACAAACAACACACUCCAGGUGACAGUACGUCUCCAACCUCGUCUCUAUACCUGUACAAACACACUCCAGGUGACAGUACGUCACCAACCUCGUCUCUAUACCUGUACAAACACACUCCAGGUGACAGUACGUCACCCUUUCAGUUUGUUUACCUACUCAUAGCAGUUGUAGAAGAUGAAAAGGUACAACCUGGAGAUGGCCUCAAUGGCGCUGCCCGUGCGCUCACAGACGCUAUAAUGGGACAAAUACAACACUGCGAUCUCUAUACACCUCUUUGCCCCAGGGAUAGCUAUUGUCCUAUUGCUGUGUGAUGCGAUUUUACUGAAGGGACAAAUACAACACUGCGAUCUCUAUACACCUCUUUGCCCCAGGGAUAGCUAUUGUCCUAUUGCUGUGUGAUGCGAUUUUACUGAAGAUGCACAAGACCUAGAUUACAUGCCUCUGAAACAUCUGCUUUGAGUGACAAUCAACAGAUGUUGCUGGCUAUGAAGAUAAUCACCUGAACACCUGUUGAAGACCUUGUUCAAUUAGCAUAGCCGAUAUGGAGCUUAGACGUUUCCUGGGCAAUGGCUGGAACUUUCAGCAGAGCGACGUCAAGGUGAGUAAUACUGAAUUAAAAAUGUGGUUAGUUACAGAAUGUUUUUAUACUAAAAUACCUAACAAAGCACAUUUCUACCAAUCAAUAUGUAGUAGCUAAUGGAUAUUAACAAAAAAUAUAAAUGCAACAAGCAACAAUUUCAAAGAUUUUACUUAGAUUUAUAUAAGGAAAUUAGUCAAUUUAAAUGAAUUAAUUUGGCUCUGAUCUAUGGAUUUCACAUGAAUGGGAAUACAGAUAUGUAUCUGUUGGUCACAGAUACCUUUAAAAAAUGGGCCUCACAGCGGGCCUCAAGAUGUCAUCACGGUAUCUCUGCAUUUAAAUUAAAUUGUGUUCGUUGUCCAUAGCUUAUGCCUGCCCAUACCAUAACCUUCACCGCCACCAUGGGGCACUCUGUCCACAACGUUGACAUCAGCAAACCACACACUAUACACGUUGUGGGGCCGGGUGGACGUACUGACAAAUUAUCUAAAACGACGUUGGAGGCGGCUUAUGGUAGAGAAAUGAACAUUAAAUUAUCUGACAACAGCUCUGGUGGACAUUUCUGCAGUCAGCAUGCCAACUACACGCUCCCUCAACUUGAGACAUCUGUGGCAUUAUGUUUUGGGACAAAACUGCACAUUUUAGAGUGGCCUUUUAUCCCCAGCACAAGGUGCUCCUGUGUAAUGAUCAUGUUGGAUUAUCUUGGCAACAGUGAAAUUCUCACUAACAGGGAUGUAAACAAAUGUGUGGACAACAUUUUAUAGAAAAUACUUUUUUGUGUGUAUGGAGCAUUUCUGGGAUCUUUUAUUUCAGCGGAAACAUGGGACCAACACUUCACAUGUUGCGUUGUAAUUUUUUUGUUCGGUGUCAUUCAACUGUCUUUCAUUUCAGCUGUAUGAAGUGAAAUGGGAUUUUUCUACAGUGUUUUACAAAUAUAUAUUGUUACUCUACAGUCAUGGCCAAAAGUUUUGCGAAUGACACAAAUAUUAAUUUCCACCAAGUUUGCUGCUUCAGUGUCUUUAGAUAUUUUUUGUCAGGUGUUACUAUGGAAUACUGAAUUAUAAUUACAAGCAUUUAAGUGUCAAAUGCUUUUAUUCACAAUUACAUGAAGUUGAAGCAAAGAGUCAAUGUUUGCAGUGUUGAUCCCUUUUCAAGACCUCUGCAAUCCGCCCUGGCAUGCUGUCAAUUAACUUCUGGGCCACAUCCUGACUGAUGGCAGCCAAUUCUUGCAUAAGCAAUGCUUUGAGUUUGUCAGAAUGUGGGUUUUUGUUUGUCCACCCUCUUGAGGAUUGACCACAAGUUCUCAAUGGGAUUAAGGUCUGGGGAGUUUCCUGGCCACGGACCCAAAAUAUCAAUGUGUUGUUCCCUGAGCCACUUAUUUAUCACUUUUGCCUUAUGGCAAGGUGCUCCAUCAUGCUGGAACAAGGCAUUGUUCGUCACCAAACUGUUCCUGGAUGGUUGGGAGAAGUUGCUCUCGGAGGAUAUGUUGGUACCAUUCUCUAUUCAUGGCCGUGUUCUUAGGCAAAAUUGUGAGUGAGCCAACUCCCACACAUGAAUGGUCUCAGGAUGCUUUACUGUUGGCAUGACACAGGACUGAUGGUAGCGCUCACCUUGUCUUCUCGGGACAAGCUUUUUUCUGGACGCCCCAAACAAUCAGAAAGGGGAUUCAUCGGAAAAGGACUUUACCCCAGUCCUCAGCAGACCAAUCCCUGUACCUUUUGCAGAAUAUCAGUCUGUCCCUGAUGUUUUUCCUGGAGAGAAGUGUCUUCUUUGUUGCCCUUCUUGACACCAGGCCAUCCUCCAAAAGUCUUUGCUCGCUGUGCGUACGGAUGCACUCACACCUGCCUGCUGCCAUUCCUGAGCAAGCUCUGUACUGGUGGUACCCCGAUCCUGCAGCUGAAUCAACUUUAGGGGACGGUCCUGAUGCUUGCUGGACUUUCUUGGGCGCCCUGAAGCCACCUUCACAACAAUUUAACCUCUCUCCUUGAAGUUCUUGAUGAUCUGAUAAAUGGUUGAUUUAGGUACAAUCUUACUGGCAGCAAUAUCCUUGCCUGUGAAGCCCUUUUUGUGCAAUGAUGACGGCACGUGUUUCCUUGCAGGUAACCAUGGUUGACAGAGGAAGAACAAUGAUUCCAAGCUUCCAGUCUGUUAUUCAAACUCAAUCAGCAUGACAGAGUGAUCUCCAGCCUUGUCCUCGUCAACACUCACAGCUGUGUUAACAAGAGAUUCACUGACAUGAUGUCAGCUGGUCCUUUUGUGGCAGGGCUGAAAUGCAGUGGAAUUGGGGGGGGGAUUCAGUUAAUUUGCAUGGCAAAGAGGAACAUUGCAAUUAAUUGCAAUUCAUCUGAUCACUCUUCAUAACAUUCUGGAGUAUAUGCAAAUUGCCAUCAUACAAACUGAGGCAGCAGACUUCGAAAAUGAAUAUGUGUCAUUCUCAAAACAUUUGUCCACGACUGUAUAAAUGUCACAUCAAUUGCAACAAUUAAUUUUUUGGUAAAAACCUAAAUUGUCUUGAGUAGAAGGAAAAGAAAGCUCACUUGUGACCAUACGUGCUUUAAUAUUAAAGAAUAUUGUUCUUGUGGCUUUUAUUUUUGUCUCUGUCUUUUUCCUUUGCCACAGUCUGCCUUCUGUCCUCUUGAGAGUUGGAAAACAGAUAUUUUGAUUUAUCUAAUCAAAUAAUCCUAACAUACUGCAGGUACUUAAUAUGCCUGCAAAAUGCUUGUUUCAAUUGAUGUAUGUAUAAAAGAAAACGUGAACCAAG